UUUUCCUCUCGGGGAGGGGCGGGACUUCCGGCUUCGUGUCCGAGGCACUUCCGGCAAGAGCUGAUGUACUGAAAACAAGACGGCACCCGGGCCCGUUGGCCAUUCGGGGAAAAAAUAAAAGGGAACUCGAGGUGGGGUUUACUAAACCAGUCCCGAGAUCCUGUUCUUCUGGUUUCAGUGUCUCGCGAGCGGCCCACAACCGAGACAACCUGCGAGCUGCCGGAAGUCGCCCAAAGGAAAGACGGGAAGUCCCGCCCCUUCCUCCCAGAGGGAAGACGGUGAGCCGGAGGAGUCAGUCGUAGGGGCUAGCAGGGGCGAUCCUGUCGGCAAACAGGCCCGAGUGCCAUGUGAGCCGCCCGGGGGACGCGGGGAGCACCACCAGCCUUCGCUCACGAUGGACGCGGAGAAGAGGCCCGAGAACGACGAGGACGAAGACGCGAGUGGAGAGACCCCGUCCCGCGGCGCGGGCAGUGGGCUGGCGUCCAGUGUGGCCGCGGGCCCCUCCGGGAACUGCAUGGGCAAGAGAGCUUUCCCGGGGCCAGCAGACAGUGUCGUUUCGGAGGAGGACGGGGACGGCCGCGUUCCCAAGCGAAGGAAGCUGGGCGAGGCGGAGCCCCUCAGACCUGAAGAGCAGGGCGUUCGUGGGGGCUCAGAAGCGGGUGUCCCGCUGGGCGACACAGCGCAGGCGUCCGUCCUGACCAGCCGCUCGGAGGGAGGAGACGCAGGCCUCCCUGUGGCCGGGGCCCCUCUCGGCAGCUCCAGCACAGCGGGCGCGGCCUCUCUGACGGCAGACUCUGGAACCACGACGUCCGUGCAGGAAGCGCCUUCCCCGGGCCCAGGAACAGACACCCCUCCGCCCCCGGGGGAGGCGGCCGGUGCCCGUGGCACCGCUGGGGAGGUGGACCCGGUGCUCCGGUGCAGCAGCUCCUGCGGCCGUCCGUGCUCUUCAUGCUCCGACCCGGAGGGGCACGCCGCGUGCCCCGGACCACCGCCCGCGGAAGCUGCCCACUGCCCCUGCGGCCCCAGAGCGGUGUCCGGCACGCAGACGCACGGGCCGCAGCAGCAGGUCUUCUCCUGCGACCUGUGUGGCUUCCAGUGCGUGGAAGAGAGCCUCCUGCGUGCGCACUGUCUCGGCAAGACACACCUGCGGCGCCAGAACCUGGCUGCGCGGGGAGGCUUCGUGCAGAUCCUCACCAAACCACCGUUUCCUAGGAAACCGUGCGCCAUCGGGGCAAAGGGUGUUCUCGCAAAACCAGGAGCUUCUAACCAAACAGCAAUGAGUAGUGAUUCAAAAAGGCUCAGAAACGGAAGCAAAUUCAAAGAGCUCAGAGGAAGCAUUUUGAAGCAGAGUGGGAGCAGCAGCGAGCUUCUCGUGGAGAUGCGGCCGUGCAGGGACGCUCCGCUGGAGAAGGGGGAGAUCCUUGAGGAGCACGCCCCUCCCCUCGGCACGGCUCGGAGCCCUGAAAACCAGAGUAAGACGCCGGAGGCCUCAGCAACCUCGCAGGGUCUCUCGGACAGGCUGGACUCGGCCAGAAGGGCCUCACGGACAGCACGUGGGGCCGGCGCGGCCUCCAGGCCGAGGCCCGAGCGAAGUGCCCUCACGCCGGCUGGUGGCUUCCGGCGGCGCAGUGGCACGCUCCCCGUAAAAGGCCAGGCCAAGAGAAGGUUUACUCUUUCGGGAGUGAGUAAGAGAGGCGCCAGUGAGACUCUGAGGGUAUAUAUGAAACACUUCAGAGCACAGGUGAGGGCAGGUGAGGCUGAAUCCACGCCUAGACUCGUAGGAGCGAGCGGUGGCGCCCAUGGCCCCGGCGAGACUCCCGCAGAAACCCAGGAGCCGAAGCCAGGCGAGAGAAGCGCCCACCCCCUGUGCUCCUCGGGCCCUCCGGCAGCGAGAGCGGCGUCCGACCUGCAGACGGCGUGCGCGUGGACGGACUGCGGGCAGCUGGCUGCGGGCAGGACAGAGGCGGGAGCCCACGCGCAGGGGUGCCGUGCGCGAGAGCGGGAGCUGUCCUGCCAGACACGCGACGUGCCCGGUGUGUCGAGGCGGGGCCUGGAGGAACGCUUGCAGGACGGCCAGCGUCAGCCCGCUGCCCCCGCCCUCCGCUGUGAGUGCUGCGCGUCCGUCCCCUCCGACGAAGCCCAUCUCGGAGACCCCGUGGAGGAAGAGCGCGGUACGGGCCUUCCCCGCUCUCCCCGAGAGCUGUCCUCCUCAUCUGAGAAGGGCGCGGAGGAGCCUGGGCCAGCGGAGAGGCACCUUGGCCUCCUGGGUCAACCUCAGACGUCACAGUCGCUCAGCAGUGACCCGCUCCUGCAGGCUUGGAGUGCGCCGGCAGCAGCGGGGAGCGCAGGGGGGCCUGGGGGCCAGUCGGCCAGGGCGGCGCAGGAGGAGCCGGCCAAGGCCCGCGCGGGCCACGGCGGCGAAGCGCGGCACGCAAGCCGGCCGCAGUUCCAGUGCAAGAAGUGCUUCUACAAGACGAGGUCUUCCACGGUCCUCACGAGACACAUAAAGCUCCGGCACGGCCAGGACUAUCACUUCCUCUGUAGAGCGUGUCACCUGUACUCGCUGAGCAAAGAAGGGAUGGAGAAACACAUCAAGAGAAGCAAACAUCUUGAAAAUGCUAAGAAGAACAACAUCGGGCUAAGCUUUGAGGAAUGCAUCGAGAGGGUCUGUAUAGGCACCGGUGACAAAAAGGAGGAGUGUGCCGUUCCCGGGGGCGAGAGGGCCGAGGGCCGCGCGGACGGUGUGCAGCCGCAGCAGGACUCCCCUUCGGAGAGGAGCGCGGCGCUGGCUGCCAAGGAGGAGUCACCGUCCGGUGUGGUCGCCCAAGACGACGAGGCUGCGGCCGCUGCUCCGAGGAGGGGGAGACCCAAGGGCAGCAUCUCACGGACGUGCUCACACUGUGGCCUUUUGGCCUCGAGCAUCACGAACCUGACCGUCCACAUCAGACGGAAGCACAGUCACCAGUACAGUUACUUGUGCAAGGUGUGCAAAUAUUACACGGUGACUAAGGGGGACAUGGAGCGCCACUGUGCCACCAAGAAACACAGAGGGCGUGUGGAGAUAGAGGCGCAUGGGAAACAGAGCUCGGACAUCGUCGUUGGCCCCGAAGGGGGGAACCUUGAGGCCUGCGGCAGGCACGCUGGUUCGGACGAGCGUGCUGAUCGGUCGGCUGAGCCAGACCCCUCCCUUGCAGAAAAGCCAGGGCGAGAGCACGGAGAGCUGGUCGAAGGUGGGGUCGAAAAUGCGCUUCCCUCCAUAGGUGGGGAAGCUGGCAGUCCCCUCGCUGACGAGAAGGAGCAGGUGUCUCUGGAGCCGGAGGACCUGGGGCAGCAGGGGGAGGCGUGCCCCCAGAGAGACGCCAUGGGCGCCGGCGACAACAGGUGCCUGCACUGCGAGUUCAGCGCCCACGCGCCGGCCUCCCUGGAGCUGCACGUGAAACGGAAGCACACCAGAGAGUUCGCGUUCUACUGCAUGGCGUGCGACUACUACGCCGUGACCCACCGGGAGAUGACCAGGCACGCCGCCACCGACAAGCACAAGACGAAGAGGCAGUCCUACCUGCCCGCCCCUGAGGUGGAAGCCAGGUCCUCGGAACUGUCCGGAAACGUCGCUGUGCCGGAGGACCGGCAUCAGCCACAUUCCGCAGAAUUUCAAGUCGUUUCAGAUCAGCCACCUGAGACUCCUGAGUCCGGAAACGCUGCUGACUGUUCUGUCCUAGACGGGAACCCUGACUUAGGCGUGCCGAGGGUGCUCUGUGCCCCUGACUCCGUGGACGCUGAGACCGAGGAAGAGCCGAGUGUCGGCGGAGACCCUUCCUUCCGUGAAAGCUUCCGAGAGCCCCCUGCCAGGGGCGAAGCCAGGGAGCCGGAGCAGAGGGUGCCCCUGGGCGUGUCCUCUGACCGCGGCUCCCCGGGCAGGUUUCAGAACAGAAGUUCGGGGGGCUCAGCUUUGAACUAUGAGGCGGUGAGGAACAGCCAUGAUAGACUGAGUGACGUCGGGGACCCAAGUGCGCCCUGUGAGGGCGGUGGAGGGGAUGGAGGAGACAAGGCAGGCGGCAGCCUCAGCCAGCGCGGGUGCCCCGCAGUUCUGGGUGGAGCCCAGGCAGCCGAGAGCGCCGUCCCUGUUGUGCUGAGAAUGACGGAAGGACAGCCAGACCUGGACAGCCGUGCUCAGGACAGAGUGGGCCGUGUGCGGAGCCCCGUGGAUUUGACAGCCGUGCGCGUGGAAAGCCAGGACAUGCUGAUGAACUCUCACCCGGACGCUGAGGUCGUCGUGGAGGAGGACGGCCCCGCCUCUGACAGCACCGUCGGGAGCAGCGGGGCGUACGAGGCCGUCGUCAGCAUCGACGACGGAGGACAGGCCGCCUACAGUGUCGGCCACUUCGACGCUUCCAUCGUGAGGAUCAGGAGCCCGGAAGACGGGGUGCUGGCCGAGCCGGCCGAGGAAGGCCCGCCGGCGCCGGCGGGGAGGGGGAGGGGGAGCGAGUCGCCCCCGAGGGACGGCGUGCAGGGCGUGAGGAGGAAGAGGUGCGAGGGCGGCCCCUGCGGCGAGCCCACCCGCAUCCGCUGUGACGACUGCGGCUUCCUGGCCGACGGGCUGAGCGGCCUGAACGUGCACAUAGCCAUGAAGCACCCCACCAAGGAGAAGCACUUCCACUGCCUGCUGUGCGGCAAGUCCUUCUACACGGAGAGCAACCUGCACCAGCACCUGGCCAGCGCCGGGCACCUGCGGAACGAGCAGGCCAGCGUGGAGGAGCUCCCGGAGGGCGGGGCCACCUUCAAGUGCGUCAAGUGCACGGAGCCCUUCGACUCGGAGCAGAGCCUGUUCCUGCACAUCAAGGGGCAGCACGAGGAGCUGCUCCGGGAGGUGAACAAGUACAUCGUGGAGGACACGGAGCAGAUCAACCGCGAGCGGGAGGAGAACCAGGGCAACGUGUGCAAGUACUGCGGCAAGAUGUGCCGCAGCAGCAACUCCAUGGCCUUCCUGGCCCACAUCCGCACGCACACAGGAUCAAAACCAUUCAAGUGCAAGAUCUGCCAUUUUGCAACAGCUCAGCUUGGCGAUGCCAGAAACCACGUCAAAAGGCACCUUGGGAUGAGGGAGUACAAGUGUCAUGUGUGUGGGGUUGCUUUUGUGAUGAAGAAGCACCUAAACACUCAUCUACUGGGCAAGCAUGGAGUUGGCACCCCGAAAGAAAGGAAGUUCACGUGCCACCUGUGUGACCGGAGUUUCACCGAGAAGUGGGCGCUCAACAACCACAUGAAGCUGCACACGGGGGAGAAGCCCUUCAAGUGCACCUGGCCCACGUGCCACUACUCCUUCCUCACCGCCUCGGCCAUGAAGGACCACUACCGGACCCACACAGGCGAGAAGUCCUUCCUGUGCGACCUCUGCGGCUUCGCCGGCGGGACGCGGCACGCCCUCACCAAGCACCGCCGGCAGCACACAGGAGAGAAGCCCUUCAAGUGCGACGAGUGCAGCUUCGCCUCCACCACCCAGUCCCACCUGACGCGGCACAAGCGGGUGCACACGGGCGAGAAGCCCUACCGGUGCCCCUGGUGCGACUACAGGUCGAACUGCGCCGAGAACAUCCGCAAGCACAUCCUGCACACGGGCAAGCACGAGGGCGUCAAGAUGUACAACUGCCCCAAGUGCGACUACGGCACCAACGUCCCCGUGGAGUUCCGGAACCACCUGAAGGAGCAGCACCCCGACAUCGAGAACCCCGACCUGGCUUACCUGCACGCAGGCAUCGUGUCCAAGUCCUACGAGUGCCGUCUGAAGGGCCAGGGGGCCACGUUCGUGGAGACCGACAGCCCGUUCACCGCGGCCGUGCUGGCGGAGGAGGCCCCCAUGGCAGACAGGCCCCUGCGGGGCGGCCGGCGGCCGGCGGUGCCCGAGCAGGUCCAGCAGGUCAUCAUCAUCCAGGGCUACGACGGGGACUUCGCCCUGGACGCCUCGGUGGAGGAGACCGCCGCGGCCACGCUGCAGACGCUGGCGCUGGCCGGCCAGGUGGCCCGCGUGGUGCACAUCACCGAAGACGGGCAGGUCAUUGCCACCAGCCCUGGUGGGGCACAUGUGGAUGGCGGCACCCCUGAGCCGGUCCUGCCGGAGCAGGUGGCGGAGGAAGCCACGCAGGUGGUGGUGGUGGGGGGCUCGGUGGAAAGCCCCGUGGCCGCGCCCCUCAGCCCCGGCAGCGCCGUGAUGCAGCAGGUGGGCAAGCAGGAGCUCCUGGACCUCGGCGAGGCUGCCGGGGCCCAGCCCGACGCCGCCUCUGCCUUGGACGCCCUGCUGUGCGCCGUCUCUGAGCUGGGAGGGGCGGAGGGCAGGGCCGGGGCCGGCGACACGGGCAGAGCCAGCCACAAAGAGGUGCUGGUCCAGCUGCCUGGUCAGGAGGUGCCGCCCACCGCCCAGCCCGAGGCCGCCGAGAUCCACCUGUUCCAGGACGUGGCGGACAGCCCGGCCGCGCAGCCCCUGGAGGUGCUGACCCAGGUGGUCCGGCCCUCGGCCCUCGGCGCCUCGCAGGAGCGGGCCCAGGUGGCCUUCAAGAAGGUGGUGCAGGGCGUCCUGCAGUUCGCUGUGUGCGACGCGGCCGCCGCCGGCCCGCCCGGGAAGGACGGCGUCACGCAGGUCCUCGUGAACGAGGAGGGCGCCGUGCACGUGCUGGCGCGGGACGGGGCGCGGCUGCUGGUGCAGGAGGCCGCGGCCGCCGGGCCGCACGGCGAGGUCUCGCAGAUCAUCGUCACCGAGGAGCUGGUGCAGGCCAUGGUGCGUGAGUCCGCGGGCGGCUUCCCCGAGGGCGCCACCCACUACAUCGUGACGGAGCUGCCCGCCGGCGCGCCGGAGGAGGCCGCCGUGUACUCCCACGCCGUGCUCGAGGCCGCGGCCAGCGCGCAGGGGCUGCUGCAGGCCGGGACCGAGGCCGGGGGGCCCGAGCCGCUGACCAGCAUGGUCAUUUACACCCAGGAGGGCGCCCCGGCAGCCACUGUCCUUCAGAGCCAAAGAGACAGCCACGAACUCCAGGAAGCCUGAGGCUGAGGGAGGGUCUGGGAGGCCCCGGGCGCUGGGCACAGGGUCCCGGAGGACGGCGGCGGGGCAGCUCAGAGGGGCACCCAGCACGCUCCGCUCUCGGCCGGGCUCACAGGGAGGCGGGCGGGACAGGCAGUCCGCAGGGCCCGGCCAGGCAGAUGAGGCCGCCCACGCGCCAGCUCCGCCCAGUGCUGGGUCUUUGGUUCCUUGUCUGUCUGUCCCGGGGUCCGGAGGGCCUGGCUUUCUGCUCUGCGCCCCCGCCCGCCGCACACAGACGCUGUCCCGGUUCAGCUCGCAAAGCGCUGUGCCUCUGGUGGGAACGUAAGCGGGAUGUGGGGUGCCGCUGGAGGCCGUCUGCCCUGGCAUUCCAGCACGUGGCGGCCACGCGCUGCUGUAGGUCUGGUUGGAGACCGCAGCUGCAGGCGCUCCCGUCCCGGU